AUGGCUACCAUCCGAACCCCAGCUAAAAGUAAGACGGACAAUGACAGGAGCCCCAGGCUCUCCCCUGAGACGGCUAAGGCUGGCCUUAGCCCCAACGCCGCCGCGACAUCUAAAGUGAGGCGUAGCAUAGGAGAGUGGGAAGCGGGACUCAGUGAACCCCGGCCUUGCACAUCGAAGACACACCCGCAUACCCCCGAGCAGCCGGAGCAGGGCAAGGCACCUGCACCUUCUCGGACGGUGAAACAGAAGGCUGCGUCUCCUCGACAGCUCAAAGAGCUGCCGACGCGAAGGCCGUCUGCGGACACGGCCGAGGAGGUGCAGAUGCCAGCGCCGAAGAAGAGGGGGCCCACCGGCAGGAUGGCCGAAGCUAGAGACUGGCUCGUGUACGCGAAAUUUAAUGUUAAUAAAUCUCGCAACAUGAAGACAGACCUCAAGGCUGGGGCCAUCCUGGCGGUGGACAACCUCUACCGGCUGAUUAAGGAGUACGCGGAGGAACUUACCCGUAAGACGACCGGCGCGAAGACACCCGCAGCCGCAGCAACAACGCCACCUGAAACAAAAAGUGUUGGGGUUAAUACUGAGGAAAUAGGACUGAAUGAGGGACGGAUGGGAAAUGAUGUGGACGAAGGGAGAAGGGAUAUGGGGACGAAGGACAUUGUGGAGCUCCUCAAGGUCCAGGGGGAGACUAUAAACAAGACUUACCUGGAGCUUGAGAAGCUGCGACAGGGACUUGAAGCGGAGAAAACGGCACCAAUAUCUUACGCCGAGGCUGCUGCCACAACAUCGGGUAGACCUGGCGCGAUCCGGCCGGCGCUGCACUCUGUAAUCAUAACAUCAAAAGAUGAGAAAGAGACCGGGGACGAGGUACUGGACAGAGUGCGCAAAUCGGUGAACGCCAAGGACGGGUGGGUGACCGUGGAACGAGUCCGGAAGGUGAAGGAUCGGAGAGUGGUGAUCGGGUGCAAGACGGAGGAGGCUCGACGGCGUGUAAAGGAGCGCCUUAAGGGUGCAGAGGACCAUCUCACCGUCGAGGAAAUUAAGAACCAUGACCCCAUGGUGGUUCUGAAGGACGUCCUUAAGAUGAACAGUGACGAGGACAUAAUGGCGGCCUUCAAGAACCAAAAUGGGGAGGUUCUUAAGGGACUCAACGGAGAGGAUGCCAAAUUCGACAUCAAGUACAGACGCAAGGCGAGGAACCAGCAUUGCGACCACGUAGUGUUGAGGGUGUCGCCGCGUCUGUACAACAAUUUGGUAGGCCGGGGAUACGUGCACAUUGAUAUGCAGCGUGUGAGGGUUGAGGACCAGUCGCCCCUGGUCCAGUGCUCAAUGUGUUUGGGGUAUGGCCACGGACGCAAGUUCUGCAGGGAGAGUGUUCCCAAGUGCAGCCAUUGCGGUGGCCCCCACAUGAAACAGGACUGCGCAGAUUGGAUGGCGGGGGACAGCCCUAGAUGUUGCAACUGCACGGCGGCAAAGUUCUCGGAGAACCUGGAGCAUAACGCCUUUAGCCCUGAAUGCUCAGCCAAUCUCCAAAGGUGCUCCCAAGCAACAGACGAGCUGAUGAUGGAAGCUGCGAAGGGGAAACUUGCCUUUGCGCUAGUCCAGGAGCCUUACACCGGAGCCACCAGGAUACUCAAGACCUACCGAGGGACCAGAGUGGUGCAGAGUGCGGUGAGCGGAGGUGGGACGGUAAAGGCAGCAAUCGUGCUGUUCGACGACAGCAUCGACCUGACCUUGUGCCCUACGCUCACCACCGAGAACAUAGCAGUUGCUAAGCUCAGGACCGCGGCGUGGGAGAUCUUGGUGGUUUCGGUGUAUCUGCAGGGCGAUGGCGACAUCGAAGCGGACAUUGGGAGCAUCAGGGAUAUCUUGGAGAGGACGGGGGGCAGGAGCACGGUGCUGGGGGGAGAUGUGAAUUCCUGGAGCAUCUGGUGGGGGAGUGUUGACACAAAUAGAAGGGGAGAGACACUUGGAGCGGCACUUGAUGAGAUGGGCCUACACAUACUCAACAGAGGAACCGAACCCACGUACGAUUACCACAGAGGAGGGCGAAGGUACACAAGCUGCGUGGACAUAACAACUUGCACGGAGGACCUGCUAGACCGAGUCGACAACUGGAGGCUGAACGCUGACAUGACUGUAUCCGACCACAGGGCAAUUCUUUUCGAAAUAAAAUUGGAAAAAUCAAAGGGGAUAGAUGUAAAAAGAACCACUAGAAAAUUUAAUACAAGGAAGGCAAACUGGGUUGAGCUCCGAGAGGAGCUCACUCUUAUCUGGGAAAGGGAUAGAAUUAAUAGAGAGGAAAUAGGAAGUGUUACAACUAAGGAAGAAUUAGAUAAGAAAAUAGAGCAGUAUACUAAAGGGAUAGAUGAGGCGUGUGAGAAGCACAUACCCAAAAUUAAGGAAGGGAAAAGAAAAGGAUUGCCUUGGUGGACGGAACAGUUGUCAGAAAAGAAAGCGGAAGUAAAGAGACUCAGAAGAAGAAUAGCGGGAGCAGCUCAGGAGCGCCGGGAGGUUGUUCUCCAGGAAUACCUCCAGGCAAAGAAUGAGUACACGCGGCUUGUUAAAAACACUAAAACCGAGAGCUGGAAGAGCUUCUGUGGUAAACAAGAGCGAGAAAGUAUGUGGGACGGCAUUUAUCGAGUGAUAGGCCGGACGACAAAUCGCCAAGAAGACACUCCACUGAUCAGGGACGGUAGAGUCAUGGAGGGAGAUGGGUCCGCAAAACUUCUGUCGGAGACCUUCUACCCCAAGGAUGACAUUCAUGAGGAUAAUGAAGCUCACAAGGCACUGAGACUAAGAGCGGAAACGGUGAAUGAGGGGGAAGAUGAUGACUCAUCCGACCCCCCAUUCACCAUGGAAGAACUCAGGUGGGCAGUGGAGAGCUUCAAUCCCAAGAAGGCCCCGGGGGUAGACGGAUUAACGGCAGACAUAUGCAGAGUGGCCAUAAACCAUGACCCUAAACUGUUCCUGGAGUUUGCUAAUAAGUGCCUGAGUGUCUAUCACUUUCCCACAAUCUGGAAGGAGGCAGUGGUCGUUAUCUUGCCCAAGCCAGGAAAGGAGAACUACACAACCCCCAAAUCGUACCGGCCGAUUGGACUUUUGCCGGUGCUGGGGAAGAUCUUUGAGAAGAUGCUGGUACGACGGAUCAGAUGGCACACAGCAGACCACCUGUGCAAAACGCAGUAUGGGUUCACACCGCAGCGCAGUACCGAGGACUCCCUCUACGACAUGAUGACACACAUCAAGAGCGGCCUCAAGCGAAAGAAGAUCAUGGUGAUGGUGUCGCUUGAUAUAGAGGGAGCCUUCGAUAGCGCAUGGUGGCCCGCGAUCCGAUGCAGAUUAGAGGAGUUAAAGUGUCCAAAAAACAUCCGGAAAGUCGUGGAUAGUUAUCUCACAGAUCGCAUGGUGAGGGUAAGGUACGCAGGAGCGGAACACGCUGUCGAAACCACUAAGGGAUGUGUCCAGGGGUCUAUCGGGGGACCAACCUUCUGGAAUAUUCUGUUGGACCCACUGCUGAAGGGACUUGGAAAUAGGGGAGAUUACUGUCAGGCCUUCGCGGACGACGUCGUGCUGGUGUUCUCCGGGGAGACGGCCCAAGAAGUUCAGAGACAGGCAAAUGCCGCUCUGGCCUAUGUUUGGGAUUGGGGUGUCGCAAAUAAGCUAAAGUUUGCACCACAUAAGACCAAUGCAAUGGUGAUAACAAACAAGCUCAAACACGACACCCCGAUCCUGAGCAUGGGCGGGGGGGACAUUGCUUUGUCGAAAGAGAUUAAGUUGUUGGGCCUUACGAUAGACGAAAAACUCACGUUCAAUUCACACGUGGCAAACGUCUGUCGUAAGGCACUCAACAUCUAUAAACAACUGGCUAGAGCAGCCAAAGUCGAAUGGGGGCUCUCGUCGGAGAUCAUCAGGACGAUUUACGUCGCCGUUAUAGAGCCGAUCAUCAUGUACGCGUCGAGUGCAUGGUCACCAGCUGCCAGCAAAUUGGGAAUCAGGAAACACCUAAACGAGGUGCAACGUGGUUUUGCUCAAAAAAUGGUUAAGGCGUACAGGACGACCUCGCUCAACUCGGCUCUGGUACUCUCCGGGCUGCUUCCACUUGAUCUUAGGAUCAGAGAGGCAGCCUCUCUUUAUGAGAUAAAGAAAGGAUAUUCCCGGAGAGUAGUAGAAGACCGAGCAGUAGAAGUGCCGAUACCUUACGCAAGGGCACCUCAUCCAGCCAAAAUAGCAUACCUAGAGUUUGGGAUGGUGGAAAAUAGUGCAGAUCUCAUCCAGAGAGUCAAUGACGGACCCCAAGUCUUUACAGACGGAAGCAAGAUAGAGGGGAAGGUCGGCGCAGCCUUAUCAUUAUGGAAUGAUGGUGCGGAGAUCACGGUCAAGAAACUUAAACUGGAGGAGUUCUGCACUGUUUUUCAGGCCGAACUUCUUGCAAUAACUAAGGCAACAGCAAUAAUUAAGGCACAUAGGACCGGUGGAAUCUUCAGUAUCUACAGCGACUCCAGAUCUGCGCUGGAGACAAUCACCCGUGGCGUUUCUCUCCAUCCUCUCGUGAUUGAGACCAGGAAGAACAUCCAAGAGGCAGCUGAAAACGGCAAAACCAUCAAACUCUUCUGGAUCAAGGCCCACGCGGGGAUGGAGGGAAACGAGCGGGCGGAUGAGCUCGCGAAAGAGGCAGCGCUUAGACUAAAGAAGAAACCGGACUAUGAUGAGUGCCCUAUCUCAUUCGUUAAGCGUAUUUUACGCCAAGAUACGAUUGGCGAAUGGGAAAAGCGGUACCAAACGGAGCAGACCGCAAAAACCACCAAGUUGUUCCUCCCAAGCGCAGCGCAGGCGUAUAGGAUGAUCAGGAGCGUGCAACCCUAUGGGAAACUCACGCAGAUCCUCACGGGGCACGGUGGGUUCGCCCAAUACUUGAACCGAUUCAAGUGUCGGGAGAGCCCAUCGUGUGCGUGUGAUGAUCUGGUUGAGGAGACAGUCCCCCACUUGCUGGUGGAAUGCCCGAUUUUCGAAAGAUUGAGAUUCGACCUAGAACAGGCAAUAGAUUACUCGCCUCCUAGCGACACGAAACGCUAA